CUCCGCCAAAAUGUCCACGAAACAAGACAAAGCCACUACAGAAAGACAUGCCAAGGCUCUGCGUGAGCUUCUGAAGAGUCCCACCAAUAAGGUGUGCGUGGAUUGCAAGAAGAACGACCCCCGGUGGGCGUCGUGGAACUUGGGAGUGUUCUUGUGCAUCCGAUGCUCCGGCAUCCAUCGUUCAAUGGGCACGCAUAUCAGCAAGGUUAAGUCAGUAGAUUUGGACGUCUGGACAGUAGAGCAAAUGAACUCGAUACAGAAGUGGGGGAAUAAACGGGCUAACAUCUACUGGGAGGCACACCUCAAAGCAGGUCACAUUCCCCCGGACCACAAAAUGGACUCUUUCAUCCGCUCAAAGUACGAAUCGCGAAGGUGGGCGAUGGACGGCCCGCCACCAUCGGACCCGUCCGUUCUCGAAGAUGGCGCAGCCGAGCCUGCGCCGGAGCCAACACCGCAAUCUAUCCCCUCCCCUAGUACAUCUCGCCCCACACAUGCACCCACCUCAUCCACAAACUCUGCUCGCGCCUCCGUGACGACCCGUCAACCUCAACCUCACCAGCUGCUUUCCACAAGCAUCGCCGGCCGCCCUACGCAAGCGACAUCGCAAGCCGCUGCUGCAGCCCAACAGCCCGCCGCAGCAGCAGCCCAGGCGGCACCGGCAGCCACCAACGACCUCUUCAGCCUAGACUUCCACAACCCGACUCCCCCGGCGAGCAGCCCGCCGCCGCAGAAAGACGUCAAGCAGGACAUCCUCUCGCUCUUCUCGGCCCCGGCCGCUGCCGCGCCUGCGGCAGCCCCACCGAGCGCGUUCGGCCAGUUCGGCGGCGCCGCACCUGCGCAGGCGAAUGUCUGGGGCGGCUUCACCAGCGCCGCGGCAGCUCCACAGGCGAACGCGUUCGGUGCCGCGACGUGGGGCGCGCCGCAGCAGAACCUGUGGGCGGUGCCUGCGGCACAGCCCGCACAGCCGGCCCAGCAGAGCCUGUUCGGCACGAACGACAUCUGGGCGACGUCGUCGUCGAACACGACUUCUUCUGCGGCGGGAGGAGACCCGUUCGGCUCGACGCCGCCGGCGAAGAAGGACGAUGUGUUUGGUGAUAUCUGGGGCGGGUUCAAGUAGACGGACUGGGACUUCUCGUUAUGAUGGUACUUAGGUUUUGACUACCGGCUCAGAUUUUUCUGUGAUAUAGCGCGUGUGUUGGUUUUGUAGACCAGUCUACACUUGAUAUUGCCUUGGGCAUGUCGGAAUGGACUUCUGGAAGGACUUUCAUCGUGGGUGAACUGACGUCACGCCUCUAUCGUAUCUUCAUAGAGCAUCGUCUAUAGCCAAUCUAUACACAACCCUAUCGUAAUAAAUGUGCGAAGAUAGAAGCAUCUAGGAUAUUACAAGUAGAUGUACGGUUUGUAAUCAAGCAGCCGGGGCCGCGGGGGUCACCAUCGUAGGCAGCACGCACUCGAGGACGAAGUACUCGUGGAACCGGCAGUCUUUUGUCAGCUCGGGAUGGAACGUCGUCAGCAGGUGCUUGCCCUGGCGCAGCGCGACGAUCGUCCGGGGGUCCCGCGGGUCCGUGUCGUCCUCGUCGAACGGCCCGGCCGACGCGGGCAGCAGCGAGGCCGAGAUGCGCGAGAUGACUUGGAUGGGGGCGUCUGUCAGCGAGGGUAUUAGGUCCAGGACGACGGGCGCGCGGAUGAAGAUGCCCUGGUAUGGACGGUUCGACUCGCGGAGGCCUUCGACUUCUAGUGGGGCCUCGAAGGACUCAACCUGCGAGCCCCAGCCGUUCCGCUCGAUCUUCACCGACACACCCCCGAGGACCUCCUGCCCGCCCUUCUUCGCGUUCUCCACCGCCGCCGAGAGCAGGAUGGCGCCCGCGCAGGUGCCCCAGACGGGCUUUUGCUUCAGGAACUGCGCCAUGGGCUCGAGCAGGCCUGCGAGGCGCGCCAGGAGCGCGAUCGUCGUCGACUCGCCACCAGGGAUGACGAGUGCAUCACACCGGUCGAGGUCCUCGGGCGUGCGCACAAGCACGAUGACGACCCGCCGCUUCGCGUUCACCUUCUGGAACAUGACCUGGUGCUCCGCGAACGCCCCUUGGAGGG